AGCAAUAGGAAUUCCACUGCAUCGAGUUUGAAGCCGCUGUCGAUGGCCACAGUAAUGCCCAGACCUAUCCCUGAUGAGGAGCACCCUUUAGAGUGUCGCCUUUGCCACAAGACUAUGCAAAAUAGGAUACGUGGCUUUCACAUUCUUUGGCAUAUGGCCAAAGAUAUGGGUAUCAAUAGGUACAUUUGUCGAGUUUGCGGAUUUGGACAUGAUCGGUCGCAAUCUGUACAGGUACAUGGCAAAAAAGAACACGGGACAGAGGAUGUAGUUCAGGAUAGGAUUGGGGAGUAUUCCGAUGAAGUCAAGCAGAUGUCGGAGCAGUGUUUUGGUUUUCAAGCCCUCUUUGCUCAAGAAAACAAGCGGAAAAGCAAAGGCUCAGCUGCAGCUGCGAAAUUGAAGAGUACAAUAGAUGAAGACGAUACUGUUGACGAUUUGACGUUAGAUUUAGGUCAAGAUCUUCAGGGCGAGUUAGAUGAUCUUGAUGCGGCACCUGAAGAAGAGCCCGAGCCGGAAGAUGAACAAGAACCUUUUGAGGAUGAAGAAGAAGAGCGAGAAUCGAAUACGUCAGCGAAAACGAAGAGUAAGAAGCGCCAGAGUCGAUUUCCACGAUUUGGCUUGAGAAGACCAAAAUCGAAGAGUAAGAGGACGGAAAUGGCGAAAUUGAGGGAGAUCAGUAUGCUGUUGGGAGGCGCGCAGUAUUUCAAGAAGAAACUCUCGGAAGCUGCUCAUUGUGAAAAAUGCGGUAAAGUCACCAACUCGCGCAUGAGUGAGCAUGCAUAUACGCAUAUGGAAGAGCAC